AUGGACUCCGUACCAGCUCAAACCCACCAGGGCUUCAAGGAAGCCGGUGCUGCUUCGGCCUCUCACCUCACAUCAACCACAUCUCUACCGACCAAGGUCGAGUCACGAACAGCAGUGAUGGAGGCUCUGGAGGAUAUCGUUUACGGAUCUGCCGCCGGCAUCGUAGGCAAAUACAUCGAAUACCCCUUCGACACGGUCAAAGUCCGGCUGCAAUCCCAGCCCGACCACCUUCCGUUGCGCUACACCGGUCCGCUCGAUUGUUUCCGCCAAUCCAUCCGCGCCGACGGCUUCCUCGGUCUCUACCGGGGCAUCACGGCGCCUCUCGUCGGUGCCGCCCUGGAAAACUCGUCCCUCUUCUUCUUCGAGCGCAUCGGCCGCGGGCUGAUCUACUCCUCCGGGCUUCGCGCCGCGCGACUCCGAGCUUUCCUUGUCCGCCCUCUGUUGGUGAAGUGCAAGAUCCAAGUCCCUGACGAACCGGGCGGAACCGGACGAAGGGCGCCGCUGAAGCCGAUCCCCGUCAUCAAGGAGAUCUUCCGCCAUGAAGGCCUGCGCGGGUUCUGGCACGGGCAGCUCGGCACCUUAAUCCGCGAAGCAGGCGGUUGCGCGGCUUGGUUCGGGUCCAAGGAGACCACCAGCAAAUGGUUCCGCGAGCGCAACGAGCGGACUCUGCUCAAGCGCGGGGGUACGCAGGAUGAGGUGCUGGAAAGCAGGGAGAGGGCGCUGCCGCUUUGGCAGCAGGCGGUUGCCGGAGCAUCGGCGGGUAUGAGCUAUAACUUUUUGUUCUUCCCUGCGGAUACGGUCAAGAGUCGGAUGCAGACUAGUCCGAUUGGUAACGACAACGCAGGGAAAGGAGAGGGACAGGGAGGGGUGGCAGGGCCGACAAAGAAGAAUACAUUUGGACAGGAGGCCAGGGCGUUGUGGAAGCAGGCGGGCAUUAAAGGGUUUUAUAGAGGGUGCGGGAUCACGGUGUUGAGAAGCGCGCCGAGCUCGGCAUUCAUCUUUAUGGUGUAUGAUGGGUUGAAGAAGUAUUUUCCUAUGGCUUGA